CUCCUCCUCAUUCACUCACUCUCUCUCUCUUUCUCUCCUCAUUGCCAUAACAACAGAUGCAGCGCAUCAGUAGCGCAUCAGUCCAUCCGCGCAGGAUCAACCUUCAGCAUCAGCAACAUCCGCGCGGGGCGGAAUAAACCCGCACCGGUGCCGUUAAGACACCGCAAAGGUGACACACGCGCGCACGCACGCGCCACUCUCAACUAUUUACGUCAAACCGUUUAAGCAGCUUCAGGGUGACGAGCGCACGCGGGAGAUCCUCUCCGGGGUUAUUCGGUAACGGUACAACCGAGGAAGGCGAGAGAAGACAGUCAAGGAGAGAGAGAGAGCAGGAAGUGCAGCGUGGGAAAGCGGGGAAAAUCUCCGGGGAUCUCCAGCGCUAACUUCUCCAUCUACGGUCCUCCCCGUUUUUCUCCGCCAUGGCUCGGGAGAACGGAGAGGCCGGCGGGGACUGCUCGUGGAAGAAGCAAGUCGAUAAUAUCAAGGAGAUGUUUGAAUUCAAGGAGGUGCUCGGGACGGGUGCGUUCUCAGAAGUGGUCCUGGCAGAGGAACGGUCCACGGGAAAGAUGUACGCUGUGAAAUGCAUCCCUAAAAAAGCGCUGAAGGGGAAGGAGAGCAGCAUCGAGAACGAGAUCGCCGUUCUGCGCAAAAUUAAGCAUGAGAACAUAGUGGCUCUUGAAGACAUCUACGAAAGCUCAGAUCACCUCUACCUUAUAAUGCAGCUUGUGUCUGGAGGCGAGCUGUUCGACAGGAUCGUAGAGAAGGGUUUUUACACGGAGAAAGAUGCCAGCACACUCAUCAGACAAGUACUGGACGCCGUCAACUACCUCCACACUAUGGGCAUCGUCCACCGAGACCUUAAGCCAGAGAACCUGCUCUACUUCAACCCUCAAGACGGCUCAAAAAUCAUGAUCAGUGACUUCGGCCUGUCCAAGAUGGAGGGGACGGGGGAUGUCAUGUCCACCGCUUGCGGGACGCCGGGAUACGUGGCUCCAGAAGUCCUCGCUCAGAAACCGUACAGUAAAGCUGUGGACUGCUGGUCUAUCGGAGUCAUUGCCUACAUCCUGCUUUGUGGUUAUCCUCCUUUUUAUGACGAGAAUGACUCCAAACUCUUUGAGCAGAUCCUGAAAGCCGACUAUGAGUUUGAUGCUCCGUACUGGGAUGAUAUAUCAGAUUCAGCAAAAGAUUUCAUCAGUUGUUUGAUGGAAAAGGACCCUUCAAAACGAAACACAUGUGAACAGGCUCUUCGACAUCCCUGGAUCGCAGGCGACACGGCGCUCUGCAAGAACAUCCACGAGUCCGUCAGUCGACAGAUGCGCAAAAACUUUGCAAAAAGCAAAUGGAGACAAGCCUUCAAUGCCACGGCGGUGGUUCGCCACAUGAGGAGACUGCAGUUGGGCAGUAGUAUGGGAAGCAGCAUGGAUCAGUCAAACACCGCAAACCAGAACCGCAUACUGAACGCAAACCCACCGCUCAACACAACAACGAAUUCCACCGCGCCACUGACCCAAAAUCAAAAAUCUGCUCCAAACCCAAACGCCAUUCUCAUUAAUGACAUGGCCACAGGAAACACCCCCAUACCACGCAAAGACUGUACCGUCCCUCCCCACACGUCCUGUUCUCUGGCAUCAGCUGCUUCCUCCUCCUCAGGGGCGGAGCCAUGCAGGCCCCUCCCUCCCUCCGUUGCGUCGGUGAGCACAGUGGUAACUGGGACCAAGUGACGCCAGGUUCUGCGGGGGGAGAGCUGGGAGGCCACAGCGCUGUGAGCCCCGCCCCUCAGCCCACCCCCCGCCCUGCCGUCCAAUCAGGCAGAGGACUAACCCAUCGCCAUAGCAACCACUGCGCGCGCCUAAUGCACUCCUGCCAUUUAACCUCCAGGCCACAAGAGGGUGCAAUGCAUGCAGCGGCAGGAGACCAGAUUUCCAGCAGACGGCUUCCUUUUUGAGAAGUGAUUUGGACAGAACUGUGAUGAUGUCUUUGCUGAGAAUGUGCUACAAAUCCUGCUACGAGCGCGGAGGUGUAGGUGCGAAAGUGCGUGCAUGAUUAUGUCCGACCUUAUAAGAGGGCGGCGCCAAUGUCAAACGAUUCUACUAUCAUUACAUGUCUAGCUCUUCCCUCUUUCCCCUGUCUACUUUCUCUAUCUACUCACACGUUAUUGUAAUUCUUGUUAGCUACCAUUUUCUUUCGAGGUUUCAUGCUGACCUGCUGAAGUGCUUUUAAUAAUCACGUUUUACGACUGUUUUGAGACAUUUUCUGAGUCGAGACUUUCGGUUUGCACACAAGAGAGAGCGGUUAGCAGAAAUAUUAUCGUUUUUUACAAAUGCAAAAGAUGGGAGAUUUUCAAUCUCACACCUCACGAUUGGGUUUGACAUCACAAAAUUUUCAGUAUCGGUUAAAACACGCAAUAUAUAUUUGAUUGCUAUCUUUUUUGAAAAAAUGCAGAGAAGCAGCAGCUACUCUCUGCGUGAAUUGUGACUUUAAAUAGACACUGAAGGUGGUAGUUAUUGAAGUACAUACUGUAGUUAAACUGUUAAUAGUCAACACAAACACACACACACACAAAUCUCCCGAAAAGCCAUGGCAGCGUCUCUCUGCGCCCCAGUGUACGAGUUCUCAGGGAAUUCCGCAGCUGCACUGGGCGCCAUAGUUUGAGAUCGUCUCAUCCAGUCAGAAUAAUGUCGAAAAUGUAGAUAGAAAGCUGUUUAGCUCUUAUAAUGAUUGUAUGACGGUUUGAUCGUGCUGAAAAUGUUAUGCUAAGUUCACGCAGUAUCAGAAUUAGCAUACUGUGAAGGCUUUUAUCAAUUACCGCUUCAUUUUACACACAGCUGUGCACUUCUAAAAUAUACACAAACAAAUAUGAAUGAAUGAGUUUGACACAUGUGCCACCUAGUGGUACCGCAUUGUAUUAAUCCGCACUAUUUAUUCAGAUAAAUUGCGCUUCAUGCUAAAACACUCCUGAUGAUGAAAACUGUAUUAAGACCUCAGUUAUUUCAGUGGCAGAAGUAGAUUAAAAAAAUUUAUUUCAACGUCAUGGGACGUUGCAUUUUGUUUGGAAAUUAAAAAUGGGUUGACGUCAGAACCCAACGUCAGGCCGGCAUCAAUGUCCAAAAUCGGAGAGAUGUUGCUUUUUGCGUACAGUACCUACCAACGCAACCUAAAAACAACAAAAUAUCAACGUCUAAUAAUGUUACAGCUUGACGUUGUGUGGACGUUACCAAUAUAAUGUCUAUCUUCAUGCAGAACAGCUCAAUUUUACUCACAGAUAUGCUCACACCGCUUCUAAAAAUACACAAAUGACACAUAACAUAUGAGUGCAUGAGUUCAACACAUGCGCCACCUAGUGGUACUGCAUUGUAUGUAUCCGCACUUUUCAUUUGAACUGAUGAAUUGUGCUUCAUGCAGAAGUCAGAAAACACUCCUCAUGAUGAAAACUGUAUCAAGAUGACAUUUAUUUCACUGACAGAAGUAACUUUAACAUUUUUACGUGAUGGGACGUUGCAUUUUGUUUGGAAAUUAAAAUCAGGUUCGACGCCAGAUGCCAACGUCAAGCCCACAUCAAUGUCCAACAUCGGACAGAUGUUGCUUUUUGGUUACUUACCAACGCAACCUAAAAACAACUAAAUAUCAACGUCUAAUGAUGUUACAGCUUGACGUUGUGUGGACGUUACCAACAUAACGUCUGUCUUCAUGCAGAAAACACUCUUGAUGAUGAAAAAUAUAUCAAGACGACAAUUAUUUCAGCGGCAGAAGUAACUUGAAACAUUUUUAAAGCCACAGAGUACAGCACUUCUGAAUCAUAAAGUAAAUCAAGUCGAUUUCUCCAUACGUCAAAACAUUAAAAAUGAAAUCUUAUAGACAUCUAAAACCUUUGUGGGCCAUUGACCUAAGAAAAUGAUAAAUGAUGUUAUCAUCUUGCUGUCAGACUGAAUUAUUUCAGUUUAAUUUAAAAUAAAAAUCAUACAAAUGCUGGUAAAACCUGGUAUUACCCAUGAUUCUGAGAAACAAACCUCCAAACUACUUAAAUACGUAUUUAUAUGCAUAUUCGAUAACCAUAAAAAUACACAGUCACCAUAUUGAAAUCAAUAUUUGACUACCAUUCCCUUCAUGGGAUUGUAGUUCUUUAUUAAAGCCAUACAGUCUCUUUAGGGCUGAUUUGCAUCUUUAUAUCUUUGGCUUUUUAAAAGAAUCCCUAUUAGAGAAAUGAAUGGAAAAACACUUGGGGAUCCAGUGCUGCUGAGAUGAAAAAAAAAAAAAGUUGGCAGGUCUGCAAUGCUUCUGCAACUUUCUUCAUGACUUUUAAAGACCGUUUUAUAAAGAUACUGCUAGAUAUUUCUAUUUGAGAAGUUGUUCAUUAUAGCCAUGCUUCCUUUCUUGCUAAAAAUAUAAAGGUAAAAUUAAAGUGGCUUUUAAGCUUUGUGCAUUCAUCAUCAAUUUUGAUAAACUUUGAUCAAGUUGGUAAUUCUUAAACAACGUGAACGCAGCAUAACUUUUAUUGACUGUAAACAUCUUUCCAUACAAUUCAAAGUGGCUGAAUUUCCAGCAUUGGUUUAAGGGCUACGUUGAGGUUUUUACACUUUCGUAUUGAAAAGCGACUGGCUUUUUCUGUCACCGAACGGAUCUGCUAUUAUGUCCCGUCAGGUUUUUAAACGUGACUGAUGUCUUCUUCGCCCUUUAUGGUUUGCUAAUAUCACAGGAGGGAACCUAGUCUAAGGACAAGGACUUAGGAGCGCGUGACAUUUUCCAAAGUGCCAUCGAAUAUCUUCAUGCAUUUCCCAUUAGUCUCGUCCUGAAUGUUUGUUUCGGUGUAGGACGGCACCUCACCGUGAGGGGCUUUCAGCUAAUGGCUUUAUUUUUCCGUCAGGUCAUGCAUGCACCAUUUUGUCUUCGCUUUCACACUCGAGAGCAGUUUGUAAUCUCCCAACAGAGAAGCUUUUCAUGAAAAAAAAAACUAACUGGGGCGAUGUGAUGCUUUCAUAUGGUUCAAACUGCACAUUUCCACAUCUACAGUGUAAGCAUGAGGUGUUCGAUAAGUAACAGUUGUUUAAAUGAAUGUUAAGCUGUAUCUGUGUGCAUAAAUGUCAAUUACCACUGGGAA